AUGGACAACAUCGACGAGGAAUAUGACCGGCUCGUUGGACACCUUCACGACUGCACGAAGAAGGCUGUUCGUUUUAAAACCACCGAGAGACGCCUUUCUUUUGAAACUCCUGAGCUGAUGCGAAAGCAUGGAGCAGUACGAGCCACAGGGAGCCAAGAAAUCACGUCCGAGCUCGCAAGGCUUUGCAGAGAGGCGAUAGAGGAAGACCUUAAAGAGAGAAGAGCAGACGUGCUGGCUGAAGAUGCAGAGAGAAAAGCAUUCUCGUUAGCCUAUUCAAGUGAAACCAAUGCUGCGGAGGGUUUUGAAACGUCUACAUUAGUGCAUUCUUACGUACCUCGUAGGAAAUAA